AAGCGCAGAUUUUAACGGCCACCGGCAAGAUAUGUCCGCGACUGAUUGGCUUACGCACGCAUACGUUGAGCAGAAGCUGCGCGAGUAUCUCAAAGAUGAGGAGUUGCAGCUGGAGCAACUGCAUAGCAUGCCUGCCACUGCAGCUGGCGAAAAUUACGCGAGUGUGAUGACACGCAUCAAUGUGACAUACAAGGAUAAAGAGCAGCAGAGCAAAGCGGAUACUUUUUUGAUAAAAACCACAUUUGCAGACAAGGAUCCGGCAGCACACAUAUUUGGGCAAUAUGGCAUUUAUGUGCGGGAAAUGAAUAUGUAUGAAUUGGUGCUGCCCAAAUUGGCGAAGAUAAUCAGGGAAGAGCUGGGCGAUGAGCGCAACCUCUUUGCCUCCACAGUCGAUGUGGAUCGCGAGCGCAAUUCCAUUAUUUUUGAGGAUAUGUCACAGGCUGCUUACUCCGUUGUCGAUCGCUUGCAUCAAGUGGACUUGGAGCAUGCGAAACUGGUGCUGGAGAAGCUUGCCAUCUUCCAUGCCAGCGCCGCGAAGCUCAACGAACGACAGCCUGGUAUGUUCAGCAAGGACUAUGAUCGCUGUUUUUUUAAUCGUUACACUAGAGCCUAUGAGCCUAUUAUGAAAAAUAUGCUUAAGGCACUAGCGUGCUCGCUGGAGGAUGAUGAGCUAGUGCAUCAGCAAUAUGCAGCUAAGCUUAGCGGACUGGCUGAUCACAUUAUGGAAUACAGUGAACGCGCUAUGGAAUUUGGGAAAGAUGACUUCGUUACGCUUUGUCAUGGCGAUCUAUGGACCACGAACAUGAUGUUUCAGUAUGACGGAGCAAAGCCUAAAAAUGCCAUUUUUAUUGAUUUUCAAUUCAGUGUUUGGAACUCGCCGGCUAUUGACUUACAUUACUUCUUUAGCACUUCUCUACCGGACGAUCUACGCUUGCAUCGUCAGCCCGAGCUGGUGCAGUACUAUCAUCAACACUUAACCCAGGCCUUGUCCAAGGUCAAGUACCAAGGGCAUGUGCCGAGCCUUUUUGAUUUCCAGAUGCAGUUCAAGCAGCGCGCUUUCUAUGCAAUAUUUUGCUCCUUGGUAUUUCUUGCCGCAAUGUUAUACUCAGGCACUGAGCACUUUUCGAUGGAGCAAGCCCUGUCUACUUUAAAGAAGGAUGAAGCCAUUAGAAUAUCUCUAUAUAAAACUAAGCUAAUGCAAUCCAAAAUAAGAAAUUCUUUACCCUUCUUUGAUCACAUUGGAUUGCUGGAUGAAAUGUAAACAAAAUAUAAAAAACAAAAACACAUUUUAUGACUUAAUCUUUAAA